GUGUACGUAUUUCCUUUUCUGACAAAGAGUUGACAAAAACACGCUACGUACUUAGUUAACUUGUUGACACGAAAAACGCAAAUUUGUUUAGUGUCUGGUACCUAUUUGCAACAUUUUCCAUUUACGUCAAACUUUUUUUUCCAUUAAAUAAGUGAAAGAAUGUAAGUAGCUUCUUAGAGAACAUAAAACGCUUAGUAAAAGUGAGAUUAGUGAUAUUGAAAAUAAAAGUGCAUAAUUAGUAAUUUUCAAUUAGGUAUAUAACAUAUUUAACAGUUAUUGUUGCAAAUAUGAGUAAUUGUGUUCGUUUCUUGGCAAGGCAAUCGUUUCUCUUUGUUUCGAUUGUUGGAUUUUAUAAAAGGAAUUACUGCCUUGAAAAAGUGCAAUAAAAGUUAACGAAACUGACAAUGAUAAAUUUCAAUUAAACGAAUUUAACAAAAUGGAACAAAACGUGCGGUUAAAGAAUGAUCAUAUAUCUACAUCAACGUAUCUGUACAGAAAUUGGAAAGAUCAUCACUAGAAACUGAUAAGUUACACACGAUGCUAUAAUAUUCUAUAUAAAUAAAUAAGCAAAUAAAUAAAUAAAAUUCUGUGCAAAUGUUUAUUUUAGAACAGUAAACCAAUACAUUGGCAUGUAUGAAAAAAAUUUUAAUAAGACGUCAAUCUGCAUUGUUAUUGUGUUCAAUAGUGGAACAAUUUUUAUUUCAAUUGAGUUCAUUAGCAGUUUAGUUUAACGCAGGGUACUGUCAGCUAUACGUCAAACUAUUUUGUUUUGCUCAAUUUUGUAGGUUGUGUGAAAUGUAUGUGAAAUGUGAAUCUACAUUACAAAAUAUAAAUUUGUAAAAUAAUCUUGAUAUACCCUGACCUAAGUAAAGUACUGUCACGAACUUACUGACUGUUACUCCAUUAAUAGACGAAAUACUACAUAUUUUUAUCCAUACAAGGAUUAUCCUUCAAACAUCAUGAGUACUUUGUUCUAAUCAUAAUUUAUGACAGUGAUGAAUUAUCAUUUUUUAUCAAACCAACGCACCUGCAUUAAAGUUACUUUGUUACAUAAAAAUGUAAGAAGUUUUUUCCGUUAAGCACUUUUACUAUGAAUGGGAUAAUUUUAGCUUGAAACCCUCACAAAGCUAUUAGAUAAAUGAGUACAGUAUGAAGGGUCCAGUACUGAGAAGAAGACCAACAAGUAGUUAUUCCAAGGGCGUUUUUGUAGAUCCUUUGUUACCUAAAACUAAUAGAGAUCAGAGUAAAAUCUUGAAACCAAUUCAAACAUUUCAAUUUUUUGGACUUUUAGGGUUAAUAGUGCUGGUGUUCAUUGCAACAGUUAUAAUUGAAAAAAGGUUACCAGUAGGGUUAAAAGUUGCAGAUCAAGAAAAAUAUCCUGAUCAAUUUAUAGCUGAAAGAGCUUUUAAAACAAUAAAAAGUUUAUCAUCUUUGGGGCCUCGUAUUGCAGGCAGUGAAGAGAAUGAAGUUAAAGCAUUGAACAUUUUAAAAAAAGAAAUCAAUGAAAUAAUUUCACAUAAAAAGGAUCAUGUUAUAAUUGAAACUGAUGUGCAAAGAACAAGUGGAGGCUUCUACUUGGAAUUUCUAGAUGGAAUGACAAAUGUCUACAGCAAUUUACAAAAUUUGAUUGUUAAAGUUGGAUCACAUAUCAAAUCCUCCCACAGUUUAUUAAUAAAUUGUCACUUUGAUAGUGUUACUGACAGCCCAGGUGCAAGUGAUGAUGGUGCGGGAUGUGCCUUAAUGAUGGAAAUACUUCGAGUCAUAUCCCAAUCAAACAAAACAUUAAAACAUAAUAUUAUUUUCCUUUUUAAUGGUGCCGAAGAAAACUUUAUGCCUGCUAGUCAUGGGUUUAUAACUCAACAUAAAUGGGCUAAAGAGAUCAGGGCUGUGAUUAAUAUUGAAGCAUGUGGAGCUGGUGGAAGAGAAGUGCUAUUUCAGGCAGGCCCUAACCACCCUUGGAUAUUAGAAACGUAUGCUGAAGAAGUUCCUUAUCCGUAUGCUUCUUCAUUGGCACAAGAAAUAUUUCAAACUGGUGUUAUACCUGGUGAUUCAGAUUUUAGAAUAUUUAGGGACUUUGGAAAUAUAUCAGGAUUGGAUUUUGCUUGGACAGUAAAUGGUUACGUUUAUCACACCAAGUUUGACAAUAUCGAUCAAAUACCGCUAGGAUCUAUACAACGAACAGGUGAUAAUAUUUUGGCAUUAGCCAGGGGGAUGGCCCAAGGUCAUCAAAUAGCAGAUAUCGAACAGAACAAGGCUGGAAAUUUAAUAUUUUUUGAUUUUUUGGGCGCCUUCGUUGUGCGGUGGCCUGAGUAUAUUGCCAGUUUUGUCAAUAUUCUUACUGUGAUAUUUUCUAUUUAUACCAUGUAUCAAAACGCCAGUUUUUAUUCGAACAAAAAAGAUUUAGAUAAAAAAGCAUAUAUUAGGAAAUUGCUUAGGUGCUCAUUUUUUAUAAUUCUAAGUUGGAUAGGAAUUGUGAUAAUAGGCCUUACAAUUGCUUUAAUUCUUAAUUUAUUGGGGCGCACAAUGAGUUGGUACGCUCGGCCAGUUUGGUUAUACUUUUUAUAUGUUAUUCCUACCGCGCUUGGAGGAUUGGUAUUUGUUUAUCUUCACGCCAAAACAUAUAAUAAGGAUGUUACUUCACUCUGGGCAUUAUAUCAAUUGUAUUAUGACGGUUUCCAUUUUAUUUGGACAAUCGUUUUAACCGUGAGCGUUAUUCUCAAAAUAAGAUCAGGAUUUGUUGCCCUUUUAUGGUCUCUCUUCCCAGCAGUGGGAUCAUUCAUGAAAGUUACGUUUUUCAGAAAUUUAAAAGAUGAUAAAUAUUUGUUGUACCACAUUGGUAUUAUGGGCUUGCCUUUUACACAAUCAGUCUAUUUGCUGUUAGGGGCUAUGUAUCUUUUUGUGCCUAUAAUGGGCCGAGCUGGUGCUGCAAAUAAUUCUGAAAUGAUAAUCGCAUUUUUGGUGUGCUUUUUGUUUGGCCUUUUAUUCAGCUAUUUAUCUCCAUUGAUUUUGCUGGUUCGCAAUCCGCAAAGAAUUUUUAGCGUUCUUUCUGGUUUAGUCCUGCUAGCAUUUGCUGUUCUAAUUUUAACUCCAUUAGGAUUCCCUUACUCUGGAGAACCAGGUUCUUUAGCUCCCCAGAGGUUUAUGAUAGCUCAUGCUAAAAGAACUUAUCAUGAUGAAUCGGGAAAAAUAACUAAUCAGAAAACGGGUUUCUGGAUCGUCAACAUGGACAUAAAUAGUCCACAUAGUGUUGAUAGGUACGUUCCGGAAAUGAAGGAUGCUACUUCCCUCGAUCAAGAUUGUAUUGAUUACUUAUACUGUGGUGUACCAUAUUUGGUACCAGUUCAAACAUUCCUUUGGAAAACCCAUUGGAUUCCUAGUAUCGAACCUUAUCUCACUGAGGAGGCUAAAUUAAAUAUUGUUAAGCAUGAAUCAAUUGACGAAGGAAAAAGAAUAACUGUGAAUAUAACUGGACCUCACCACAUAGGGGUUAUGAUUUCUCCAAAACUGGGGGUCGAAUUAACCAAAUGGAGCUUGGUAAAAGGGCCUCCAUUGGCAGGUCCAUUAUGGAAUGGUCGCGCAACUUAUUUUAUAUAUUAUUCAUACGGCGUGGCAUACGCUCCCUUAGAAUUUUCGAUGGACUUCAAAGUUCCUGAAAAUCAUGAAGGGCCUGUUAUGGAUAUAGCUGUUACCGCUCAUUACCAGUUUGGUCCAGCAAAAGCUGGAAAGACAUUUGAAAAAUUUGUAAAACAGUUUCCAGUUUGGACUACAAUUAACUACUGGACUGCAACAUACGAAUCUUGGGUUAUUUAAAUAUGCCAUGAUGUAUCGAGUAAACAAUUACAGUGUAGAUCGCUAAUCUAACAGAUAAUAUUAUUUCAGCAGAGUGCAUUAUUUAUUAGUAAGUAGGUUAGAAUAAUUCGGCCUCAAAAGAUUUUACAAAAAAUAUAUAAAUUUUAAGAAAUUGCGUAUAGGACUUUUUGUUAAUGAAAGCUGAAAAAAAUAUUUUGCAUUGAUCCCAGUUAAAUGUUACUUAAUAAAUAUGUUACUGUUAUUUUAUAUUACUUUAAUUUUCUUCGAGCUUUUGUCAUUUUCUAUGUUUACGGAAAGGACUCUAUUUCUUUUUAUUUAAAGUUUCUGGGAAAUAUCUACAAAUUACUGGGUAAAUACAGUUUUUAAUAAAAACAGGCAAAAUGUUCUGUUUCGUAACUUCCUUUGUUUCAAUAUCAAGGCGGAUUAUUUUUCGGUCAUUACUGAUAUUUAGUUAUUUUAGGUAGGCCCUUACGUGUAGUCAAAAACUACUUUGCUUAACAGUACUGUCUGACAAUAUCGUUAUGUAAACAAGAAGAUAAAGAAAAAUAUCUUAUUUAGUAAUAGCACACCUUUGGAUCAAU